AUGGCUAUGAUUUGGUUGCCUUGGACAACAUCUGCUAGUGAAUUACGUGACACGCUGUACGAAAUUCCCGACAACGUUCUUGUUGAUUUAUGGAAUCGCUUGCGCCCAGAACUGACUUUAUGGCUGGGAAAUGACAAGAGAAACAUCAACGAAAAGGGGUAUCGACUAGCUGCAACAGGAUACAUCCAGCAACUACGCAUGUCGCAGGCCCAUGAUACUCUGCGGUUUAAUGCUAAAGGACAUUCAGAAAUGAAGCCUAUUACGUAUAAUUUGGGCUUGGAGCUACGCGUUGUCGGCAAGGAAGCGACUGAAGUUACUGCCUCUGAAUGCUCCUGUCGUGCUAGCGGGGCUCUGGGAAAAAACGCGCUUUGUAAACAUAUAUUUGCCAUGCUAUACGCCAUCCGAAUUGUCAUCGACGGGGGCAGCGUUCCAGCCUGGCAAUCAGCGCUGCCCGUUACGAGCAUGGAACAGCAGUGGGGUGUGCCAUCUCUUCGGUCGCUCACCAGAGAACUGCAGCCCGGGCGUGCAGAUCUCUAUGCUGCAUUUAUGAGACCGGAUGCCCGCCACAAAUGGAAACCUUCCAUAGAAAGUCGAAUUCAUCCGAAAUACCGUAUAAUUAGCACAGAAGAAAUGAGUGAAAUCCGAUCCGUUCUGUCAAACACCACACUUUUCCCGAAACAUGUUCUUCGUCUGAUCGAACCAGCUUCAGUAAACUUGCGACUGCCAAGAGAACCAAGCCCGGAUCUUUCUAACCCAUAUAUCGGUGAUUCAUCUGCAAAGGUGUUGCCUUUAGCACUACCAGUUAUUAGUCCGCUUGCUCGACCUUUCUCGCAGCAAUAUUUGAUACAGUUGCCGAGACAAUUAAUGACGUUUUAUAAGGACAGCGUUGAAAAAACGCAUGAAGACUGCAUCAAAAUAGAAGGAACAACACGCUUACAGGCUAAGAGUUCAGACUGGCUUUACCAUCGUUCUUUGCGCGUGACUUCUACCUAUGCAAAGCGGAUAUGCACAGCAGGACAACUUCCUACGACCCGCAAAUGUGACCGUUUUGAAAAACUGGCAAAAGGAAUGGUCGCACCCAGUUCCAUAUCACAUAUACCUGCAGUCCGCCGCGAGUCGGCUUUUGUGUACAUCCUGAUGAACCGUGGAUGGGAGCCUCGCCAGAUCGGCUGGUCAAAGAAGUUGAUAUUGCAACAGGAUCAACCAGUUGGGCCCUUUUGGAAAUUAAAACCUUCGAUGUCAAAAAAGCACCCUACGAUUUGCCGUACGUUGCAGAUGAUGGAAACGGUAGAUUUAUUUUGAAAAGAUCGCAUGAGCACUACUUUCAGGUUCAAGUGGCAAUGGCAUGUGCUGGGCUAACCGAAUGUUAUUUUUUUGCAUACUCUGGCCCCGCGAAGGAUUACUUUUGUGAGAAGAUCGCCUUUAAUUCCGACAGUGUUAACUUUAUUUUCGAACGCUGCGCAGAA